GCCGACGUGUGCGGGCCGCUCUUUGAGGAGGAGCUCACCUUUUGGGGCAUCGACGAGACCGACGUGGAGCCCUGCUGCUGGAUGACCUACCGCCAGCAUCGCGACGCUGAGGAGGCGCUCGACAUCUUCGAAAGCCCAGACGGGGGUGGCGGUGGAGCGGGGCCCAGCGACGAGGUCGGCGAUGAUGAGCGGGAGCUAGCCCUGCAGCGCCUGGGGCCGCACGAGGGAGGCGGAGGUCCUGGCGCCGGUUCCGGGGGCUGCCGCGGCUGGCAACCACGCAUGUGGGCACUCUUUGAGGAUCCCUACUCCUCCCGGGCGGCCAGGGUGGUAGCAUUCGCCUCCCUCUUCUUCAUCCUGGUCUCCAUCACCACCUUCUGCCUGGAGACUCACGAGGCCUUCAACAUCGACCGCAACGUGACGGAGAUCCACCGGGUGGGGAAUAUCACCAGUGUGCGCUUCCGGAGGGAGGUGGAGACGGAGCCCAUCCUCACCUACAUCGAGGGCGUGUGCGUUCUGUGGUUCACUCUGGAGUUCCUGGUGCGCAUCGUGUGCUGCCCCGACACGCUGGACUUUGUCAAGAACCUGCUCAACAUCAUUGACUUUGUGGCCAUCCUGCCCUUCUACCUGGAGGUGGGACUGAGCGGUCUGUCGUCCAAGGCAGCCCGCGACGUGUUGGGUUUCCUGCGUGUUGUGCGCUUCGUGCGCAUCCUGCGGAUCUUCAAGCUCACGCGCCACUUCGUGGGGCUGCGCGUGCUGGGCCACACACUCCGCGCCAGCACCAACGAGUUCUUGCUGCUCAUCAUCUUCCUGGCCCUGGGCGUGCUCAUCUUUGCCACUAUGAUCUACUACGCCGAGCGCAUCGGUGCCAGGCCCUCUGACCCACGGGGCAAUGACCACACCGACUUCAAGAAUAUCCCCAUCGGCUUCUGGUGGGCUGUGGUCACCAUGACAACACUGGGCUACGGGGACAUGUACCCCAAGACGUGGUCAGGCAUGCUGGUAGGGGCGCUGUGUGCACUGGCCGGAGUGCUCACCAUCGCCAUGCCUGUGCCAGUCAUCGUCAACAACUUCGGCAUGUACUACUCCCUGGCUAUGGCCAAGCAGAAGCUGCCCAAGAAACGGAAGAAGCAUGUGCCACGGCCACCCCAGCUCGAGUCACCCAUUUACUGCAAGUCGGAGGAGACCUCGCCCCGGGACAGCACCUACAGCGAUACCAGCCCCCCUGCCCGGGAAGAGGGUGUGGUAGAGAGGAAACGGGCAGACUCUAAGCAGAAUGGUGACGCCAAUGCAGUGCUGUCGGACGAGGAGGGAGCUGGCCUCACCCAGCCCCUGGCCUCCGCCCCUACCCCCGAGGAGCGCCGGGCCCUGCGUCGCUCUGGCACACGGGACAGAAACAAGAAGGCAGCUGCCUGCUUCCUGCUCAGUGCUGGGGACUAUGCCUGUGCCGAUGGCAGUGUCCGCAAAGGCUGUGAAAAGUCCCGGAGUCUAAACAACAUAGCCGGAGCGGCUGGAACCAGUCUGGGGCUGUCUCCACUGGCGUCGCGAGACCUGCCAAGACGCCCUCUCGUCCAACUAUGCCCAGGCUGAAGUCCUCACCCUCUCUUAAAGCGGCACCAACGUGAGACAGACAGGCAGACAGACAGAAAGCCAGAGGCUUAGGGAAACUCUGGAACCCAGGCACGAAUCUUUCACUGGGAAAGACUCAGAUAUCCUUGUUUGCACAAGACUGGUGGAAAACCUCCCAUGCGACCCUCGGGGCCCAGAGCCGUCUGGGUCUGAUGUUCUGUUCUACUGUACAUUGAAGAGAUAUAUAUGCACAUAUAGUAUCUAUAUUCAUACAUACUAUACUCUUGUGUGUAGUGCACGUGCUAUUGGUGGUCUGUCUUCUUUGUAGGCUAUGUCUCCCUGAACCCUCUCCCCACCCCAAGUUUCCUAUCCUCUUUCCCCGCAAAGAUUCCUUGUUUCUUCUGACUGUGUGUGGGGAAUGUCCCAGGAAAAGUGCACCUGAGAACCACCCAUCUACCUGGGUGGUCCCAGGAUACUCUCUGGGGGUGUUUACCCUGUCAACAGGUGGUCUGUUGAAGUCUGUAGGCGGCCAGACUGCCCCCCAGGGUCACUGCUCCACUAGCCCACCCCCACCCCAGGUUGGGGUUCUACCUCCCACCCCACACCCCAGUUGUGGGGGGACUUCCAGGGGCUCCUCUGCAGCCUCUUCCACUCCUUCCAACACCCCAUCUGUGUCCUUGAUCGAGGGGGGCAUUUUGUCACUUUCAUUUUUGAUUUAUUUGUUCUGUCUCCUUCAUCCAUUUGUUUUCAAAGAUGCUGCUGGGCAGACGGGCAGGAAAGGGGUCUGUCUGCCCAUCUGGCUCAGGGGUCUGAGAAGGGGACACCUCGGGCAAGAGGAGACCAGUUGCAAUACUGUACUUCCUGGCCAGUGGCCAGAGGAUGCGUGCAAUAGCAGAGGCCAGGUGACCCCUUCAGCCUUGGCCUCGGCCCUCCCCCCUGCCCCUCCCUGGUGUUGGUUCAGUCCUUCUCUCAAGCUGUCUCCUCAUGUGCGUCUGAGGCACGCCUAGGCCGGGCCCUGCUGCCCUGUCUGCAUGCCUUCAACUGUCAUGCUGUGCUCGAACCUCAAUAAAGACAUCGGAGUGUCCUGUUGCUCCUCUA